AAAGCUGCUCUGCGCUCAGAGCAGCUACACAGAUCAGUCCUACUGGAGCAGGACGCACGCUCUUCACUCUGAGUGACUAUUUUGCCGCUUAUUGUUUUCUGUUAGUGGUACGAAUGGAUGCCGUUCGUGUCUUUUUAGUUUGACAUGGCCGAGCGCAGGACCAGACAAUGAAUAACACAACCGGCUUGGCACUGGUAGGAGGCAGCGGAAAGGGGUUACCGGCGCACCGAGUUUUAACGGGCUGCAUCCUGGCGCUGCUGAUCAUUUGGACGCUUUUAGGCAACUUCACGGUGUGCGCCGCCGUUUAUCGCUACCGGCACCUGCGCGCAAAAGUAACCAACACCUUCAUUGUGUCCCUGGCUCUGUCAGAUCUCUUGGUCGCUGUGCUUGUUAUGCCGUGGAAAGCUGUGGCUGAAGUGGCUGGUUUCUGGCCGUUUGGAGGUUUCUGUAAGACCUGGUUGGCCUGCGACAUCAUGUGCUCGACGGCCUCCAUCCUCAACCUGUGUGUCAUUAGUGUUGAUCGAUACUGGGCCAUCUCCAGCCCUUUCCGCUAUGAGAGGACUAUGAACAAGAAGGUGGCCUCUGUUAUGAUCGGCGUGACCUGGACAGUCUCCGUGGUCAUCUCCUUCGUCCCCGUGCAGCUGAACUGGCACCGGGCGGAGAUCGGUGAUCCGGCUGGGGAGGACUUGACGUUUCGCGGUGAAAGUGUUGAUGGGAGCUGUGACUCCAGCCUGAGCCGCACGUACGCCAUCUCAUCCUCCCUCAUCAGCUUCUACAUUCCCGUGGCUAUCAUGAUUGUCACAUACACCCGCAUCUACCAGAUAGCCCAGAUACAGAUCCGGAUGAUAUCCUCCCUGGAGCGGGCGGCGGAACACGCGCAGAGUUGCCGCUCGGACGGAACUGAACUACUACCUCACCUGUCCACGGAAAUCAGUGCCAACCAAUAUCAAUCUCGUAUCCGUCUUAAUUCUGAUUCUCAGCGCACUAGUCAGUCACACCGGGAGCUCAAAGUCUCAUUCAGAAAGGAGACAAAAGUUCUUAAAACUCUGAGCAUCAUCAUGGGCGUAUUUGUUUGCUGCUGGUUGCCAUUCUUUGUCUUGAACUGCGCUCUGCCUUUCUGUCCCGGACCGGGGGCCCCGGGGGCCCAGCGGGGCCCUUAUUGUGUGAGUGAAAAAACCUUCGAUGUCUUCGUGUGGAUCGGCUGGAGUAAUUCGUCCCUCAACCCGAUCAUCUAUGCGUUCAACGCGGACUUCAGAGACGCCUUCCUGCGCCUGCUGCGCUGCCGCGGACAAGGCUGCUGGACCACGGUGAGCGCAGCGGUGGAGACGGUGAUAGCGAGCAACGAGGCCGGACACCUGAAGCAGGAGAGCCCGCUGAACGUAAAGCUGAGCGUCUCCUGUGUUAUGAAAACCGGGGGAAGCGAGGACAGCGGGAACACAACGGUGACUAUGUUUUGUCACAGCGGGACGACCUCGGAACAGGUGACGGACACUGAGGAAAGUAACGACAAAGACAGACUAACGAUACCGAGAGCCCAUAAGUGAAACAAUUUAUGAAAUCCCAUGUAUGCAGGACAAGUAGGCUACGAAGUUACAGAGGCAGGAAAAAAAUAAGCAUUAAACACAAUUAAUUUAAUCCCAGGGUCUGCCAAACAUGCACCUGGACCAACACCAGGCUACAAAGCCUAGACAAAAAUGACAUGAUACAAAUUAACACCCUUAAUCCAUAUUUUACCAUGCACAUGAAAACCAUACAUGUCCUUUUCUUCUUUUUUAGGACAUUAGUUUUCCUGAGCAUGUACAUUUGUCUGGGAUAAUUGUAGAUGGAGCUGUUAUUCUUUUAUUUGUCUCAUUUUUGUUCACAUGAAUCAGACUUUUUGGGAGUUUGCACGUUUCAGUGUGAGGACUACCUCUCCAUUUCCUUAUCAAGACAAAUGUAGACAUGUCCAGAUCUGGGUAAAUAAAAUGAUGUGAAAGAUACCUGUAGGAUGGUCAAAGUCUUCAUUAAAGCUGGGACGCAUGUCCUAUAAUUUUCUCUGUCUCAGUGUUAGUAUAGAAUAUAUGUUGUAGGCUACAUUCAUGAUAAAACAGCUGAAAUUCACAUUGCUUAAGUACUCUAAUUAAACAAGUGAAAAACCUUUUACUUGAAAAACACUGACAUUGACUUUUACUAGUGAGGCUGGUCCCCCACCAUGGAGAGAGAGGUCAGGAUUUCUAUGAAAUCUCUAGAAAUGAUUACAUAACUAACUCACAUUAGCACCCUUCAGCUGCGCAUCUUGAUGGGUGCACUGUGCACUCUGUUUCCCCCCUCUUUCUCCUGAAAGAAACAAACAUAAAUAAUUUGUAAAGGUUGUUCCUGUGAAAGAUGGCCUGACCGGUGAGAACACAGAAGCUUUUAUGGUGACAACCCUCAAAAACACAAGAUGUGAUUAUUGUUUAUGCAGCAAGGCUGAUGCAGGAACGGGGACUGCAAACAUAUAUAGCUAGAGAGAGAUCUGCAGUCUCAUUUCCUGAACUUUCUACAGAUUAACAUCUGUUCAUUUUUGUUUAAUGAGACUUCCUUGUUGGUGUUAAAUAUGAAAGCGUGUGUUACCACCUCAAGGAGCCACAAGCCUUAAUGGAGCCGACAAGAAUUAUGACUCCAUCCUGAGCUGCAAAUAUUCUGUUGGUGGUUGUGAUUACAUUACAAGAUUUAAAGAAAUUGUUUUUUGGGGGAAAUUGAAUUAGCUUUCUUGCCGUGAAUUAGAUGAGAAGAUUGAUACCACUCACAUAUCUGGUAAGUUUGUAGCUAGGCUACAGCCAGCAUAAGGUUAGCUUAUAGCUUAGCACAAAACUGGAAACAGCUAGCAUUUGUCUAGCUAGCUGUUAAAACAUUUAAAGCAAUGCUACUUUUUUGACAUUAUUAUUGUAUGUGGUAUGUUUAUGUUUCUUACACGCAGGUCCGCUCAACCAACAGGUCAGGCGUACAGAACCUUAAGUAUGUUACUUAAAUCACGUGACCUAAGUCACAUGAUGUUUAAUGCAUAGUAAGCGUUGUGAAAUCGUUGUAGUUUGGUUAGGUUUUGGGAAAAAGAUUGUGGUUUGUGUUAAAACAAGUACAUUAUGUAAGUCACAUGAUGUAGCCUAAAUAAAUCAACUUUGACUUUCUUUCACAUAUGAAUUGAACUUCAGUCUUCUGAGGUCCUGGGAUUUCUUGAAACAUCCCACUUAACCAGCUCCUUAUGCAGACUUUGUUGCUCUUUAAACUAUGCCACCUGAGUUUUUCCUUUGUUACCAUCAAAUGGCCACUAGAUCUCACAGCCUAACAAGUGUGUUAUUCUCAAUUGAUAAAUAUUAAGAUGGCGAGUUGUCAUGAUUUGUGAGGUUUUGAAGUGCAGGUAGGUGGAUUUUGUUACCUCUGGACAGAGUUAGGUGGGCUGUUUCCAGUCUCUAUGCUAAGCUAAGCUAACAGGCUGCCGGCUCCAGCUACAUUUUUACUGUAAAGACAUACGGUUGGUACGGAUCCUCUCAUCUAACUCUCUGCAAGAAAGAGAAUAAUAGUAUUUCCUAAAAAUGUCCAACUAUUCCUUUUAAGUGCACUACAUAUUAUGGAUUAAUUAAUUACAUAUUGUGGUCUUAAUUUCCGAUUUCCCUGAAAAUGUAUGCAGUUGACACAUGUAUUAUCUGUAUUAGGCACCAGUGAUAUAAUGUUUGUGUCUGCGUUUAUUCUGAUAAUGCAGUAAUGAGAGAACACGGAGAUGGUACGGUAUACCGUAUAAUUGUUUCCAGAGGGGAUGUGUGUGCAGCAAUAUGGUAUGCGCUGUUUAAUGGGCUUGUAACCUACAUAGCACAUCCAUCAGCUGUAGGCGUUUCCAACUGUAUGUAAGAAUAGUCACCAUACCAAACAGGAUUAAUAAAACAAAGGUCAAAUGAAUUUUUAAAAAUGCGUCUCCCAUUUACAGUGGUUGCAUGUAGGUUACUAAGUGAGAACAGUCAUUACAGUCCUGACUGGAGUGCAGCACAGAUAGACGUAUGUAGGGCCCUUUCUUUGAGGACUGAUAAAGUUAUUACAUCUAUUAAUAUUGACUGACUGUCCUUGUUUCAUUCUUUCUCCAUUUCAUUCUCAUAUCACCCAUAAAAAGCUCACUGUAUUAACAUGUCUCUCUGGGGAAAGUUUUAAUGGGCCACACCUGCCCACCUUGUAGGUGUGAGCCUUAAAGAAGUCCUCAAGGCUGCAGGCAAGACAGAAAGAGAGAUCGAGAGUUUCAGAAGGAACUGUUAAUUUGUGAACUUUAGGUGAAGGAACUCAUCUAGCCAAGCCUUAGCAUACACAGAUUUUUAAGAAGAGUUUUUGAACACUUUAUUCAUACCAUAUAUCACAUUUUAAUAAGACAAUAUUACCAGAACAUAUUAACCAUGUUUAAAGUGUAACUUUCAGCCUGUUCGAGACUUUUCACCCAAGAAUAAAAAGAGCAUCUGUCGUUUCAGCAAAUAGCAAAAAAUGGCACAUUCAAGUGACAAAGCCCUAUAGUGGCUGUAGGAAUGAUCUGGUCCACUGUGACUAUAGAAGGAAGGAGGGCGAUGUUGUUAUAGAUCCACAGAGUUCCCAGAAGGAGGAGGUUGUGUUGGUUGGAUGGGUCAGCAAGAGACUGAUGUUCAUUUCGGACAGUGAACAUUGGUUUCUUUUAUCCAUGAUUGUGGCCAUUCCCAGAGCUUUGGUUUGAUUUAGUGCUUGGCUAGGCUGUGUUAGUGUUAAAGUAAGGUCAUGUUUGUGUUAAAUUAACUAUGAUAUUAAGGUUAGAGAAAAACUGUGACCAUGAUUAAAAAAGGGAACAGCAGCCUCCCUUGUUAAAGUAAGGGAGCAUCACCCUUAUCCAGUUUUAAUCCACACUUUUAUGUUACAUUUUUUAUAUCAUUUUAUUUAACUUAAGUUUUUAACUUUUUAUGUGGGUUAAGGA